AUGGCAUCCAAAGCUCACCUCUGUUCCGCAACAACAUGGGGCUCUCCCCUUGCUCCAAAGACAGCCGUGCUCAUCCACGGGCUCAGCAGUAAUUCGCAAUGCUGGGUUACGGUUGCUCCCGAGCUAGUCAAACAAGGCUACUAUGUCAUUGCCCCCGAUCUUCUUGGUCAUGGACUGGCUGCAAGGAGCAAUACCUACGAGCGCGACGACCUCGUUGAAGAUAUCUUACCGCAAGUCUCUCAUCGAUACAUCGACUUACUGAUCGGCCACUCCUUGGGCGGACCUGUUUCUCUUGGCCUCUAUCCUCACCUGAAGACGAAGCCCAAGCGGUUUGUUCUUGUCGACCCGGUCAGUUCUCAUCCUCUCCACUUAGCCAUGUCGCUACUCACCAGAAGACAAAGUCAUUCGAUCUCACCACAUAAGCUAACACCACAUCCCCAGGCUUUAGAACUCAGUGAAAGCGAAAUAGAAGUUAUCAUGAGGAGCGAUUUAGAAAACAUCAAGACAAGAACUUCACCACAGCAGUUUCAGGAGAGAUUCCCGAGCUGGGACCCAGUAACUUGUGUCGUGAAGAGUAUGGCUGUCGCGCUUGCCGACGCUGAAGCAGUCGAGUAUAUUGGCACCAAAUAUCGACCUUGGUCGUGCACGAAAGACUUACCGCCAGCGGCCAGCGAUGGAGUUGAGAUGGUCAUUAUUGGAGCAGAUCCUCUGAAAGACGCUGUCUUUAAGCCUGCGCAAGCUGAUGCUCUUGCCCGGAGUCACCCGGACAUCAAGUGCAUAGUUGCGGCGGGAGCGGGCCAUAGUAUACAGCGGGAUGACCCCAAGAGUAUUGUUCGAGCGGCUUUGGAGCCGCUCGAGUCUUUGUAA